UCCUGUUAGAGCCUAACUUCUCCCACACAUAUCAGCCUUUUGUUGAAAGAUAUUUGUCUUUAAAUACACGUACGGGGCCGAAUUAACACAGGCCCGUAUUGUUAUUGCCACACAAGCAAAUAUUGCAUAAUGUCUGCAACCAUAGAAAUUGCUGGCAGUCGGAGGCCAGAGGGAGUGUGUGUUGUGUAAUACGGACACAAUGAGGGAAUCUGGGGCAACAGGACGCUGCUGCCAGGCCGUCUCGGUCCGGACCGAGUCCUCCGUCAAUCUGACGGGGCCUGUUGAACCAUCACCCCGGUGUGGUAACAUUACCACCCAUUCUUAUCACGUGUCGUUCAAAUUUAGUCUUGAUGUCAUGUGUUGCCUUGUUAGAAAAGACAAAUGGGAGUGAUUAUCCCCGCGCAACCCCGGUCAUGUUGUGCAAAAUCUCAACAUGUGUAAAACCUCUCACCACUGAUCUAAAAUGGACAAAGAAAACGUGUUUAAAGAAGAGUGGUUACUCGCCUCUGGUUGGUAUUUUACAUGGUAAAAUGAAGCAUGAAAAGUUUCACAGUAGACUACCAAAGAACUAACAUUGGGCUGUUCAAGAUCAUAUUAAAUCUCAUUAAGCCACAUUCUGUAAGUAAGGCAGUAGCCUAUACCUUAGACUACUUGUCAUUUAUUAAUCAUGUUUCUCCCUUGAUCAUUUACCUCUUGUAUGUUGACACACUAGCUGCAAAACGAGGACAGAGACAGGGGAGACCUCUCUUUCUCUGUCGACAUCUUUCUGCUGCAGUCAUAAUUAACAUUAGUUAUGAGGGAGUGUGUUAGGAUGACUGUGUGUAAUGGAGGCCUCGGGUUAUAGGCUAUGUCUUCCUGUGUUUGAACUUCUGCAAGGCCACAUGUUAUGAUUACAGCUGUCUGAGGUCCUUUGUUCUGUUGGAUGUAUGGGAGCUUGGUGGCUCUAAAUACAGGAAGAACGCAGGAGUUUGAAACUUUGUGAAGAAUUAAAUUAACCUCCUCAAAUACAUUAGGGCUGCAGAUUUACUUCAUUAUUGAUUCACCUGUAGGAUUUUCUUGAUUCAUCAAUUCCCCAAUCAUCUCUAAAAAACAAACAUCAUUUCUGCUCUGAAGCACAUAUAUCAGUCACAUGCCUUUUUGACUUUUUGUAUAGGCAUUCAAAUAGGAUAAAGAAAUCAUCAAAGCAUAAACUGAAACAUGAGACUGAACAAAGCAAUAUUCACUAAUUCAGUCUGCACCACAUUACACUUUAUGUCCUUUCAAAAAUGUAUUUUUCUUCUUAAUAUUUUCAGAUUAAUUUUUAGACCUCAACUAAAAACGUUCUUAUGACUUUAAGUAUCUGAUGAAACUGCUUGAUUCAAAAUGGAUUCACGUUACUUUCCUCACAUUCCUCAUUACUUGUUUUUCAUCCAGUAAUCUUUGACACUGAAACACUGAAACUACAGACAGAUACAGCGACACUGAUAUACAACCACACUGACUUUGUGUAUGUGUGUGUGUUUUCAACCCACCCCUCUCCUCCUAGUUACACUCCCCCAGACAUACAGCGUUUCUUUCAUCUGCCUUUCUAAAAAAUAUGGAGGGUAUUCCUGGAUUUUACCUUCUAUAUUGUAAGACAAAUCAGAAUCUACUAUAGAACUUGCUGGAAGUUGCAACUUUUGUGAUAUUAACAAAGUUAAAACACAGUUAGUUUCUUCAAAAGUACCAAGGACACUUAUGUCACUGAAACUUUUUUAGUUAUCAUCUCUGCUUUUGUAAAACAUGUCUUACAUGUCUAAUCUCACUUCAGCCCCUUUCACUACUGACCUAAAAUUGACGAAGAAAAGAAGUCACUGUCAAGCUGCAACAUUUAGUCUGCAAAGGUCAGGGGUUAUGGGAAAUGAUGUUCAUUAAAGGCAGUUGAAAAAGAAAUAUUAAAGAGUGAUACAGGUAUUAGAUUGUUCCUCAAUAAACUGGUGGCCCUAUUUACACAUACAAAGAGAGCAACAUGACAUAUUGUUGACAACAUUCCAUUCCUAGCUGGAUUUUUAGUUAUUAGUGUUGUUACAAAUUGUUGACAGUAGAAUACUUAAUGAGAUUUGCUUAUUCUCAUAAUGAAGCCUGAAAGUUUUUUCACUUUGGCUCUCCAUACCUUUCUUCUUGUCUUUAUUGUAUUUAUGAAGUAUUGCAAGAUAACCCAAAGAAACUGUCAUAAUAAUUUCAUUACAAAUAUUGUUUUAAAACAGAUAACACAAAUCAUGACUCAACAGUUAUCCACAGCUGCAUGCCUACCCCAAGCCAUUCACAUCUUAAAUAAAUGUCCACAGUGACACACAGUACUGUGCAAAAGUUUUAGGCACUUCAGAUGUUUUUACUCUUAUCCUUCAUCAGUACCAUCAGGGAGGUGUCUGAUCAGUCCCAGAUUAAUUCUGCAGCUCAAUGAGUCCAAACACAGUCAGCAUCAUGAACUAUCCUCAGAGACAAGAAGAACAAGGAGUCCUGCAACAGAUGGUCUGACCCCCACAGGGUCCUGAUCUCAACAUCAUGGAGUCAGUCUGAGAUGACAUGAAGAGACAGAAGACACUGAGACAGCCUGAAUCCACAGAGGAACUGAGGCAACGUCUCCAAGAUGCUGGAAAAAAAAACUACCUAAGCACAGAUUUCUUCAACUCAAGUGGAUUAAUUGAAUGUUGCAGUCACUACUGAUGCAUACAAGCAUUAUGGUGUACAGUUAAAGACUUAUCAGCAUAUUGACAGUAGCAAACAGUGGUAAUAUGCAAUCUAUCAAGCAAGAGGUGGACUCCAGUGAGUCCUACAGUGGAGAGGAUGCUUUGGUCCUGGCUGUGGCCUUACAAGGGGCGAACAGAGAUCUGAUAGGUCACAAAAUUUCGGCAGCUCCAUUUAAAGCUAAAACUACCUGUCGCAGGAAAAGGGAGUUUAUCCCAGAGGAGAAGAAAGAUAACCUUUACUGGGAGAGGCGACGUAAAAACAAUGAGGCGGCCAAGCGCUCGAGGGAAAAACGGCGCAUUAACGACAUGGUGCUAGAGAACAAGCUGAUGGCCCUUGGAGAGGAAAAUGCCUCCCUCAAGGCUGAGCUCCUGUCGUUGAAGCUGAAAUUUGGCCUGGUGAGCUCAGCAGCAUAUGCCCAAGAAGCUCAGAAGUUAUCCAGCUCCACCACUGUCAACCUCUACCAGGAGUUUGUUCCAUCCAGUGCUGACCAAGGUUCUUCCAGCAGGGAUCUGGAGCCUCAUCAUGUGCGCAGCAGCUGCAUAUCUGUCAUUAAGCAUUCACCUCACAUGGCCAAGACAUGCACUGCAACUCAGGGUAGCUUCGAUAUCUGCAGGACUGCAGAGAUCAAGCAAGAACCAGCAGAGAAUGGCAGCUAUGCACAGGAGAGGAGUAGUCCCCAUGAGCUCUAUAGGAACUUCAUAUCCAGCCCUUUGUCAGGUGUCUACUCCCAGCCUGCUUCAUUCCUGCAGAUCACCAGGUCAUCCAGUAACUCUCCCAGGAGCUCAGACGAUGGUGCUGUGAGCAAGUCGUCAGAUGGUGAGGAUGAGCAGCAGGUCCCCAAAGGGUUGAUACCAUCUGUAGCUGACCCAAGAAGUGUCAUUGUCUCCACACACAAAGUGCCCGAUGCCAGUUCUUCAGCUUUGCCUCAUAAACUGCGGAUCAAAGCCAGAACCAUCCAAAUCAAAGUGGAGGCCAUUGACCCUGAAUAUGAGUUCUCUGGAAAGUCCUCAUCCCCCGUCAGCAUUACAGAGGGAGGAUGCUACCACCAGACCACUCAGGACUCUGCAGAGUACACACAGUCGCCCCUGUGCCCUUUGUCAGUUCAGGUCACCAACAUGCAAGGCUGGACCCAUCGGUCUGAGCAGUGGCAUAAAAGCAGUACAGAGACCGUGUGGGUGGGCUGCAAGAGUAGCAGGCGAACCCCAAGCCCUGUCUCCAACAAAACCAUUGUGGAUGUAAAAGAACCUUCCUAUGCACAGACAGAUGCUGACUUAUAUAUAAAACCGGACCUUGCCACCCUGUCUGAAGUGGCCUCUUUGAAAAAACUGAUCACAACACAGCAAGGGUCUGUGAUAGAAUCAACCAAAAGCAACACUGAUCAUCAUGAGUCAUUAUCAAAAGGAUGUUCCUCUGAAUAACUUUUGUGUGUUUUGCAUUUCCACUUUAUUUGCUGUUGCUGUGUGGUUGUUAUUAGGUUUGAUUACUGAUAAUGUUUGAUUACUGUAAAUUUUCAAAUAAAAGGUGUUCAAAUAAUGGCUGAGUCUAAAACAAUAGCUGUUGUAAGCACAAAGAAAGGCUGCGUAGUAGAGCUGAGGGGGGUGGAAUGACCUGUAUUUUAAUAGCUUGCAUGGUAAAAUCAGUAUAACGUACAAUACCACAGCACUAAUUUAAUCAGCACAACAGAGCUUUGUCACUCUACUCUCUUUUGCCACUCUUCAGUUUCCCCCCUCUAACACAAAAACUGUUUUCACUUGUCAAUUCUGGCCGCUUCUAUGGUGGUGGUGAUUUCGAAUGAAAGUCAAUACUUCCUGCAAUAUUAAAAGCCCACCAGGAAAGUGGAAGGCUUUUAAUGUGAAAAAUCUGUGCAGGUAGCUUUGAGUUUGAUGUUAGUAACUUGAUCAGGGAUGGAAAAGUGUGAGCCACUGGAAUUAAUAGUGAUUGAAAACAGUGUGUCUGUCAAAAUGAACAGAAAAAACUCUUAGUGAGAGCAGCAUAGUGAUAAGUAUGACAUGAGAUUAAGUUAGUGCAGGAAAUGUUUGCAUCAAAUAUGGUUAGAAACAGGAAAUUAGAAAUGAAGGCCUUUCCCUUUUAUAAAUAUUGUACCUGGCUCUCUGCAGUAGAAGCAGCCUAAAUCAAGGAUUUCCAGUCACUAUUUGAGAAUUUACUGUAAAUUGUUAAUCAGUGAUGUAUGCCACAUUGUGUAGGACACUGUUAUGUGUGAAACAUUUAUUUUACCUUUACCAAAUUAUUCAUGACUGCUAUCACUGGGCUCUAACCAUCAUUAAACACCUACUGUCACUGAACACUGUUGCUUUGAUUUUGUGGAGGUGAAAAGGCUCCCGUUACUAAUAGCUGGCUCCAGCCUGGCCUGCUGCUGUUACCAUUACAUGUUUGGCUGGGGUGCAGUUUUGCCAUUCUUUGCCUUAAAGCUGAAAUCCAUAAUGUUAUUAAUUAAUGUAAUAUGGUUAUUGUAUCCAUUUGUAUGUUGCUGUUGUGACAUAUUUACAGUGGUUGGAGAUGCUUUCCAUACUUUAAAAGACUGUUUGGUGGUGCUUUAUUUUAUAGAUUUCUAAUUUUGUGAAUAAUUUCCCAACAAUUUUAAAGACAUUUCCUGGAAAACUAUGUAAUUUGGGAUGUAUUAUGGGGAAUAUGGAUGUUUAAUUGGCACACUUCUGAUUACAUAAAUUAACUGCUAAUGUAACCUAGAGACCAUUUAGUCAGUGUGCAGCAGGUCAUUGUCUACAGGUAGAUAUAUAACUGAAAACAUAGAGAAUUAAAUUUCCAAUUUCCAAUGAAUGAAUAUAAGUAAAAUAAAAUUUAAUGGGAAAUUUCUUUCACAGACAUUCCUGUUUUUCCUAUAAUUAGUGUCAGAUUACAUCUUCUAAACAGGAAAGUUUCUAGGAAUGCAUUUUAGUUACAAACCCAUGGAACACAGCAUCACUGAUCUCUGUUGUUAAAGGCACUUACCUUCAUCACAUCAGUAAAGAGUACUGUAUUCUUGUACAUGUUGCAGUCAGUGACACUGUCACUGCAUUCCAACAGUAAGCUGAAACAACUUCACAGACACCACACUCUCGACUUUAAUCCAAGUUUAAGGUAACUUUUUAAGAGGCUGUGCUACAUUUACUGGUUCAUUUACAGCCAUCACUGAUGUUAUGUUUUUUUGUAUUUUUGCUGAUUACUUAAACUUUCCAAGCUGAUGGUUAAACUGAGAAUGUGUGUGAUACUGACGGGAGAAUUGUGAUUACCAUCUGAUGGAACUGACAAGAGUGUAAUUGGAAUUUAUAAAGCGCUGAUGUAUAUUGUGUCAUGUUCUCAGCUUGUGGAAAAUUAAUAUUUCUCCAGAGAUUCAGUAUUAUACUCUUACAGUUCUCUUAACUGUAGUGUUACAUGGUAAGGAAUCCAGAACUGUCAGGGUUUCAUCAAAUGGCUUAAUUAUUCAUUUCCUACGGCCAUUUGGGGUGAUUACAUCAUACCUUGUGACCUUCUCUGCAAUCAAUAAAAAAUAGCGACUUUGGUUAUGUUGAUAUGACAUAAAAUAAUGCAACUCAUUUUAAACAAAUGCUGUGUUUAUAGUUAGAGUUUGGAAUAUCUUAUCAGUGAUGAUGAUGAUGAUGAUGAUGAUGAUGAUUUGUCCAGCAGCCUGAAGUCCAGCUAUCUACAUGAGAACACUUUUCAUAAGAUUUAUUGUAACAGUGAAUUUUUGUUUGCAAUAAAUGUCUUGUCCCUGAAU